AUGACUGAAUUCUGGGUUUGUUUCAGCUGCUGUAUUGCAGAGCAGCCACAACCUAAACGGCGGCGACGGAUCGACCGCUCCAUGAUCGGCGAGCCAACAAACUUUGUCCAUACCACACACGUAGGCUCGGGUGACAUGGGCCUGGGAUUGGCCUCUGUUGACCUGGUUCAAGCCCAGAUGAAGUCCAAAGGCGGCUACGUACACGGCGGCUCUGAAGGCUCACAAUUAUGA